UACCUUUUAGGAACCAAAAAUUUUCUUAGUUAUGAUUGCAAAAAUGAAGAAUUGGGACUGGUAGCAGUUCAAUACCAACCCAUUUGCAUUUGGUUCGCGGUUGUCUGACCUGUUGAAGGAACUCGAUCAACUGCAAACAAUUUGCUGACUCUCUCGCCUUCUCCUUCUCCGUCUCCUUGGCGUUUGUGGUCUGCCAAUCUCAACACAAUCGUCAGCAAAGACGAAGAUACUGAAACAUGGAGAUUAGGAAACGGAUUCCUUUCGAUGUGAUCUUCGACAUUUUCACAAACCUUCCUGUUAAGUCCCUGGUAAGAUUCAGGUGUAUUUCCAGUACCUGCUCCUCCAUUAUAACCAGCCAAGAUUUUGCCAAACAGCACUCAAGUCGAUAUUCCAGGAUCAAAUCCAAGUCGCUAUUGACACCAACCAUUACCAUAAGCUGCUCCACCGAGCUUCAAUCUGCUCAGAUGUUCUUCUCCGCAGAGCUUCAUGAAGGGUCUGUGUCAGCAUCAGCUGUUCACCUGGGGACCAUCCCUCCUCGCUUCUCCCGCUACACUACCCCUUCAGUUAAUGGGAUAAUCUGCAUGGACUUUGGCCUUUGUGCCACGAUCUUUAACCCCAGUACUCGACAGGCUGUUACUUUACCAUUCGUUUGCCCUCCCAACUCUCCAGCUGCUGCUUCUACUUCCUUUUGUGUGAACUCAUUUGGGUUUGAUCCCAUCACUGAGUGUUACAAGGUCUUGAACUCUUGGGCUGUUUCAGGGAAGGCUACUGAGUACAGGGUCUAUACUUUGGGGACAAACAACUCCUGGAGACUGCUUGGUGGCGGACCCUCUCAUUCUCCUAAGAGGGAAAGCGUUUCCAUCGAUGGGAUCAUAUAUUUCAAGUGCCAUCACUCUUCAUUCCUAAUUGCAUUUCAUCUCCACACGGAGAAAUUCCAUGAGAUUCGACUUCCAGAUCGUGUCUUCAAUUGGAGAAGUGAUUUAAUACAAUUUGCUGGGCGCUUGGCCCUUGUUGAUACUCAAUUUAAUUCUCAGUCCAAUUCUAUCAACAUUUGGCUGUUAGAAGACCAACUUAGGAAUGAAUGGAUUGGACAUAGUAUCACCUUCCCUACUUUCUGGAAAGAAAUUGAAGGGUACAAAAACUUUUUGGUUGUUGGCACCAUUCAUACAGGUGAGAUUUUGUUGGCACCAUGCUCUUUGUUGAAGCACUUUUGCGUGUAUAUCUAUGAUCUGCAUAGGAGAAUGAGACAGAUUGAAUUGUCUGGACUGCCUGAACAUCGGCCUUUUGAUUUUUCUUCCAAUGCUGUUAACGUCACCAAUUAUGAGCAAAACAUUUUGUAUUUGGCAUAACUAAUUACUCCCAUCAGCCUCCUUCUGAACCUUCAAUAUCUUGUUAAUUUGUUUUAAUUUAGAAUUCAGCUUGUGAAGUUAAGUAACCUGCUGAAAUAUUCAUAUAUAGGACAGUUAAUCUGUUCUUGUUUUUUUUUUUUUUGAAAGUUCAGUUGUAUUCAUAACAGAGGGAAC